AUGCACUUCAAUCGCAUUGCUCUCUCCCUCGCCGCCGCCGCCUUCGUCAAAGCCGACCUCCAGCUUGACAACGAUGACAUCCCUACCCAGUGCAGCGCUGUCUGCCGGCCCAUCUACGACCUCGGCCAGGCCUGCGAAGUUAACGACGACCUAAUCAACAACGACCUCACUGAGGACCGACUUGAGGCUCAGUGCGUAUGCACCAACAACAGCAUCAACGUCUCCCAGUACGCCGCCCUCUGCGCCAGCUGCAUGGACCAGAACGUCCAGGACCGUGAUGACCUCGAUGAUAUCAACGACAUCCUGAGAACAUGCGGUUUCGCUAGCACCUCCUACGCAGCCACCGCGUCCUACGCCUCCACUACGCCCUCCGUCUCCGCAGCCCGCCCUACCAACUCGGCUCAGCUGACCACCACCAUUGCCCCCGGCUCCGGCGCCGGCGGCGGAGCCUCCCCAACGCAAUCGUCUAGCGCUGGCUCCGGCAGCAACGGCACCCCUACUAACGCCAACGGCCAGGCCACCCAGACCCGAAUGCUGCGGGCGUCGUCUUUCCUCAAGGACUUGGCCUGA